AUGGGCAUUUGGCAGUGUCUGGAGACAUGUUUGCCUGUCGCGACCGUGAAGGCUGGUGCCACUGGAUUCAGCCGCUCUGUGUCAGAUUACUCCAGCCAUGUCCUGGAGCGUCAGAGUGUUUUACUUCUCCUGGGUGUCAGUUUGGCAGAAGGGAAUGCCUCCUACACGCUGUCCUUAAAGGCUUUGUGGCUCCAGAUUCUUCCCACUGAGACAAAUUGCCAUGGACACACAGAAGCCUCCUUGCUUCUGGAGCACUUCGCAGACUUUGACGACAGUUUGGAGCCCCGUGCGCCCGCUCGCUACGAGGCUCGCCAUCCGGGCCGUCUAGCAGCCGCGGGGAAGAGCCGGGGCCUCACCGGAGACGCUGCCGCCAGCGCCGCCCGCCCCUCCGCAGGCCACGGGGGAGCUCGGCGGGGCCGCUGGGGAAGCGGGCUUGCCGCCGCGCGGACGCGGACCCCAGCCCCAACUUCCGCCUCUCGGGAAGGCAGAGGCAGUGCGCCCCCGCAGUCCUGCCCGCCGCGUUUCGCGGCCGCGCAGCGACUCCGCGCCCCACCGCGGGGCGGAGGCAGGUGCCGAGCGGUGACCGCGGAGGGCGUGGCUGGGAGAGCGGCGCUCGGCGCCCGCCCCGGGCCCGCCGGCCGGGCGGAAGAUGGCUGCCCCGAGCGCCGCGGACAGUCACGUGCCCGGGCGCUGCCGCCGCGCGCCCCCUCCCGCGCUGGCCCAGUCCGCGACCCCGCGGCAGGCGCAGUCCGGGCGCCUGUCCACCACGGGGAUGCCGCGCGGCCCGAUCCGCAGCUGGACCCUUCUCCCAAGCUCCGUAUUCCUGGAAAGUAA